UUUAAAAUUCAUACAGAUUUUAAUAAAUGAAGAUAAUCAACAUCAAAUUGCAAUAACUAAUAAAAUAAAAGAGGUUGUUAGCAAUCAUUAUAUUUUGUUCAAUUGUGUGUAAAAGGCAACAAGCUUGAAAAAAAAUAAAAAGAUUUCGCAUCACUGGAUUUUGAUUGAGAUAGUGCAUUUGUGCAGACUUUAGUGAAGACAUUGUGGAUAGAAAAAAUAAAAGAGCAAACAUAAGUAAGCGGAUAUUUGUGCAAAAUAAAAAAUAAUAUGUCAGGAAAUUUUGUAUUUGUUGCCCGAGAGGAAGGUGGCGAACCCAUGAGGUUCCCAUUGGGAGAAGAUGGAACCGUGUCAUUUUCAACUUUGCGGGCAAUGUAUCCACGGGUAAUUUGCCUCGUGUACCGCAUUGAAGACGAAAAUUUCAUCAGUGUGGUUCCUGUAAAUGAAAGCGGCUUUCAUCCACCGCAUGACGGGUGGGGGCAGAGAAUUUACUGGUGUAUAUUCUCUGAAGAGGACCGAAACAACAAACGAAAAUGUGAUGCAACAACAUCGGUGUCUUCAGUUGCCAAAGCCAAUCGACAAGAAAUAACACCGGAAACGCUGACUGGUGUGAUUGAUCAGAUCGAUCGUUCAGAAGCUGCAACGCCAACCAUGUCAAACAACCAACAUGAACGAGAGGCUCAGUACACAUUAACAUCAUCCCCUACAAUGAUAUAUGUUACAGCUUUAUCAAGAAUAGGAUUUAAUUGGGAGAGAAUCUUUUUCAAAUUAGGUUUGGCAUUGUUCACUGUUAUCUUUGCAGUUGUUUUGAAUGCAGUUAAUAAAGACCUUGAGAAGCAUAUUACCACAUUCAAUACUUUCGUAACUAUGUUCGCAUGUGUCGGGUCAUGUUUAUGUGGUUUGGAUAUUGUCUACUUGAAUCGGGGAAGAAUCAAGGAACCCGUGGCAAAUCGAUGGAGAAAAUUCCGUGGCGUAAAUGGAGAACAAUCCGCCACUCAUGAAUGAAAAAAAAAUUAUGUUAUCCAAUUCGUCAAAAAAUCUGAUUUUUUCUAUUUUUCAGUACUUUUUGUAAUGUUACUUUGAUUACUUCGUUAAUGUUAAUCCGAUGAAUGUGUUACUAUGGACAAAACGAAAAAAUUGUUUGAUUCAUUUCGAUUUUAGAACUCAUUUGUUUGGAAAAUUUUCUAAGCGUUCUCUCUUACUUUGUAAUCCAAACUUUAAAAAAAAUUAGUAGUAAAAUAA